AAAUGUCAAACAACAAGUUUUUGACUUUAUUUCAUGUUUUUGUGAAAUGGCGUGUGAAUGAAUAAAUAGUAAGGUCGCUGUUAAUUUAAAGUAUAUCGCCUAUGAAAGACUUUUAUAAUGUAAGAUGAGAACCGAUGAAAUCAUUUUCCAUACAUAAAAUACGUGGUGCAUCAUGUGUGAAGUGUUUACGGAAAGAGAAAGUGUCGUGUGAAAUCGAAGUAUUGCCUUCAAUGAUGUGGAAGAGGUCGAUUGUGCAAGGCGCAGCGGGCGCGGCGCUGGCGCUGCUGUGGCUCGCGAGCCACGUGGGCCCGGCGCGGGGCGCGGACCUGGUGAUCGAGAUCCCGGGCGCGGGCGCGGGCGGCGGCGCGGAGGGCGGGCGCUACCGCCUGGACUACCGCCCGCCGCGCGGGGAGCCGCGGCCCAACUUCACCGUGCCCGCGCGCGCCUCCACCAUCAACUUCCAGGGGCUGCCCGGCACCAAGUACCACUUCAUGCUCUACUACUCCAACGACUCCUUCACUGACCUGCUCACCUGGAACCAGACCAUCAUCACAGCGCCCGAGCCGCCCACCAACCUGACGGUGUCGCUGGGCCGCAACAAGCAGGCCACCAUCUCGUGGGCGCCGCCCAGCCACGGCGACUACACUGGAUUCCGCUUCAAGGUGAUCCCGCUGACGGGCGGCGCGGCGGGCGGGGGCGGCGCGGGGGGCGGGGAGGCGGCGCGCAACAUCACGGCGGAGGGCGGCGACACCACGCACACGCUGCGCGAGCUGGCGCCGGGCGGCACCUACCAGCUGCACGCCUUCACGCUGCUGCACGACAAGGAGUCCGCCGCCUACGCCUCCAGGAACUUCACCACCAAGCCCAACACGCCCGGCAAGUUCAUCGUGUGGUUCCGCAACGAGACCACGCUGCUGGUGCUGUGGCAGCCGCCCUACCCGCCCGGACAGUACACGCACUACAAGGUGUCGAUAGUCCCGCCGGACGCGCGUGACUCGGAGCUGUACGUGGAGAAGGAGGGCGAGCCGCCCGGGCCCGCGCAGGCCGCCUUCAAGGGGCUGGUGCCCGGCCGCGCCUACAACAUCUCCGUGCAGACGGUGUCUGAGCCGGAGAUCUCGGCGCCCACGACGGCGCAGUACCGCACGGUGCCGCUGCGGCCCGCCAACGUGACCGUGGCCGCCCUGCACGAGACCUCCUUCAGCGUGAGCUGGGCGCCGCCCGCCGAGCCCAGUGAGUUCGAGAAGUACCAAGUGUCGCUGUCGGGCGGCGCGGGGGGCGCGGGGGGCGCGCGGCGGGCGGCGCCGCUGCUGCGCGGGCGCGAGGAGCCGCCGCACGCGCGGUUCGACUCGCUGGAGCCGGGCGCCCACUACACCGUGGCCGUCAAGACCAUGAGCGGGAAGGUCACCAGCUGGCCGCAGGCCGUCGACUUGACGCUUAAGCCGCUGCCGGUGCUGAACCUGCAGUGGUCGUGGUCUGGUGCGGGCGCGGCGCUGUCCUGGGCCCCCGCGCCCGGCUCCACGCAGGACUCGUACCGCGUGUCGUACCACGAGGUGGGGCCGGCGCGCGACGACGCCAACUCGCUGCUGGCGCCCGCGCCCAGCACCACGCUCGCGGCGCUGCUGCCCGGCCGGAACUACUCCGUGCAGGUGUCUGCCGUGUCCCGCUCCUCGGCGUCCAACGAGUCGGUGGUGCACGUGCUGACGCCGCCGCUGGCGCCCGCCCUGCGCGAGCUCACGCCGCUCGCGCGCGCCCUACGCCUCGCCUGGAGCUCCGACGUCAACUCUAAACAGGACUCGUACUCGGUCUCGUGGCGCCUGCUCGACGGCGGCGCGGCGGCGGCGGGCGCGGUGGGCGCGGCGCGCGGCGGCUCGCUGGCCACGGCGGAGGCGGCGGCCACGGUGGCGGGGCUGCUGCCGGGCGCGCUGUACGAGCUGUCCCUGCGCGCGCACAGCCACGGCCAGCCCUCCGAGCCGCACGUCACCGUGCGCGCCGUGCGCCCGCUGCCCCCGGUGUCGAUGUCCGUGGAGCGCGUGUCGUCCAACUCGGCGGUGGUGCGCUGGCGCGGGCCGGCGGGCUCGGCGCUGGGCCAGUUCGUGCUGCGCUACCGGACGCAGGGCGACGCCGCCUGGACCCGUCUGCCGCCGCUGUCGCCCAACGACACUGAGGCCGAGAUAGUGGACAUGACCCACGGCGAACGCUACACGAUCCAGCUGGACACGGCGAGCCUGGCGGUGGCGGGCGAGCGGCAGGAGUCGGGCGCGCCGCUGGGCCGCGACCACACCGUGCGGCCCAACCCCGUGUCCGACGUGGCCAGUCUGGUUGACGCCAGGAACAUGACGCUCGAGUGGCCACGACCCAAGGGUCGCGUAGAGUGGUACUCGGUGCGGUGGUGGGCGCGCGACCCGGCGGAGGGCGGCGGCGAGGGCGCGCGCAACCUCACGGCGGCGGAGGGCGCGGCGGAGGGCGCGGGGGCGGGCGAGGGCGGGGCGGAGGGCGGGCGCGGCACCGUGCGCGCGCUCAUCCCCGGCCUCGCCUCGGGCGUGGGCUACACGGUCGCCAUCGCCGCGCACUCGUACAACCUCACCUCCGAUAUAUUCACCAUGGACACAAGAACACGUCCAUUGAUUCAAUCUGAAAUGACGAUCGUGACGGAGUCAGACGACAGCGAGGACAACUCGACACUGCCCGCCUUCUUGGUGGUGUACACUCGCACGCCGGCGUCAGCCACCGUGUUCGACAGCUACCGCUUCCGGCUCGAGGGCGAGGCGGAGGCGCCGCGGUGGGAGUCCCGCGCCGCCGCCGCGCCCGGCCAGCAGCUGCUGCUGCGCGGGCUGCUGCCCGGCCGCCUGUACAACGUCACCAUGUGGACCGUCAGCCACAAUGUCACGAGCCAGCCCGUGCAGAGGCAGGCACGGCUCUUCCCCCGUCCGAUCCCGUGGCUGAACGCGUCGUGGGUGGGCGCGCGCGAGAUCGCGCUGGCGUGGGGCGCCCCCUGGGGCUCGUACAGCGACUUCCUGGUGCAGUGGCUGGAGCGGCCCGACCGCCUGGCGUCCCGCGCCGCGCCCGCGCCGCGCCUCGCCGUCGCCGGCUUGACUCCGCACACCAACUACACCUUCACUGUGCAGGUGCGCGCGGGCACGCCGGCCACGCUGCUGACCACGUCCAGCGCCAAGUCCGCCACCUUCACCACGGCCGAGGCGCCGCCCGGGCAGCUGCAGAAGUUCCAGCCUCUAGACUCGAAGCCGACGUCGAUGACGUUCGGCUGGCGGCUGCCGGCGAGCGAGCACAACGGCGUGCUGCGGCGCUUCGUCAUCCAGUACGGGCCCCAGGGCGCGCCGCCCUCCGCGCUGCUCACGGCAGAGUUCCCACCCGACGCUCGUUCCGGCACAGUGUCCGGGCUGACCGCCGGGGAAGCCUACUCGUUCGCGGCGUGGGCGGAGUCGGGGGCGGGGGCGGGCGCGGCGGCGCGCUGGUCGGAGCGCAUGGCCAUCGCCGCGCCGCCGCGCCCGCCCGCCUCCGCCGUGCCCAGCGAGCUCAGGCGGACCAGCACCACCGUGGUGGUCCGGUUCCGCUCGGACUACUUCUCGGCGGCGAACGGCAACGUGACCGCCUACACGCUGGUGGUGAGCGAGGAGCCCAGCAACAGCAGCGCGGCGCGGCUGCCGUCCUGGCGGGACGUGGCGCGCCUGCCGCUGUGGCCGCCCUACCAGGUGACAGAGCCAUACUACCCGUUCCACUCGUCAGCUGUAGAAGAGUUCACGAUCGGCUCGGAGCGCUGCGGCGACGGCGGCCGCGCCUACUGCAACGGGCCGCUCAAGCCCAACACCAAGUAUUAUGUGAAGCUGAGGGCCUACACCGCGCCAGACAAGUUCACGGAUACGGCUUACACCGUGCUUUAUACUGACGCGGACAACACGGCGUGGAUCAUAGGCGGAUGCGUGGCGGCGGCGCUGCUGGCGGGGGCGGGCGGCGCGGCGCUGCUGGCGCGGCGGCGGCGGGGCGCGGGGGCGGCGGGGGCGGGGGGCGGCGCGCCCGCCCCGCGCGCCUCGCGCCCCGUGCGCGUGCAGGAUUUCAUAGACCACUAUAGACUCAUGUCCGCUGAUAGCGACUUCAGGUUCAGCGAGGAGUUCGAGGAGCUGAAGCACGUGGGGCGCGAGCAGCCGUCCACCGCCGCCGACCUGCCCUGCAACCGCCCCAAGAACCGCUUCACCAACAUCCUGCCCUACGACCACUCGCGCUACAAGCUGCAGCCCGUGGACGACGAGGAGGGCUCGGACUACAUAAACGCGAACUUCGUCCCCGGCUUCAGCUCCCCGCGCGAGUUCAUCGUGACGCAGGGCCCGCUGCACUGCACGAGGGACGACUUCUGGCGCAUGUGCUGGGAGUCCGGCACGCGGGCCAUCGUCAUGCUCACACGAUGUGUUGAGAAGGGUCGUGAGAAGUGCGACCGCUACUGGCCGUACGACACGCGGCCGGUGUACUACGGCGACAUCGCGGUCACGGCGCUCAACGAGUCGCGCUACCCGGACUGGACCGUCACCGAGCUGGGUGCAUCCCGCGGCUCGGAGCAGCGCGUGCUGCUCCACUUCCACUUCACGACGUGGCCGGACUUCGGCGUGCCGUCGCCGCCCACCACGCUGGCGCGGUUCGUGCGAGCCUUCCGGGACCGGGUGCCGCCCGCCCCAGCGCCCGCGCCUGUUGUAGUCCACUGUUCCGCCGGGGUGGGGCGCUCGGGGACCUUCAUAGCGCUGGACCGCGCGCUGCAGCAGCUGGCGGCGCGGCACGACGCGCUCGACGUGUUCGGCAUCGUGCACCAGAUGAGGAGGGAGCGAGUGUGGAUGGUGCAGACGGAGCAGCAGUACAUCUGCAUCCACCAGUGCCUGGUGGCCGUGCUGGAGGGGCAGGAGCUGGCGCAGCCGCCGCCCAACAACCACCACCUCAACCAGGCCUACGAAGACGACGAGGGCAUCGCGGAGUCGGGCAUGUGAGCCCCUCCCCGCCCCACCCCACCCUGCCCCCCGGGUCUCGGGGACUAUCAGCUGCUCGCUGACCCCCCGCCAGCACUCCAUGGACGCUACACGAUAUAUUGUUAUUAUUUCCUUAUUUUUUACUUCGUCUUUGUACAAUCUUAAUUAGUGAUACUAACAUAUUUUUGUAUAAAAUAUAUAUUUUUAUUCGUUAAGGGAAGAAACGGACCAAUCAUGUAAUGAAGUUGUACAUAGUGCGUGACUGUACACAGUACGUCACGUGACAAGUGGCUAGUUGGAGAAGGCGGUGCUCCGCAGUAAUUAUAUUUAUGUCG